GUCCUCAGAAAAAGAACUUUAUGAUCCUCAUGGACAAAGAGUACCUUCUCCAGCCCAUCCAGAAAUGACUGGAAUUCCUCCUAGAGAGGGGGGUCAAACCAAGAUUCAAAUAAUACAACAGCAAGUUGAUAGUACAAAGGGUGAAAUUCAAAAAACUAUUCAGGAAAUUGCUGGUAGAGGGAAAAAAUUAGAAGAAUUAGAGGAACAAACAGCCAUGUUGUCGGAUUCCGCUACGAAGUUUAAGGCUCAAUCCACAAAAGUUCGUAAGACGAUGUGGUGGAAGAAUACCAAAAUGACAAUUAUUAUUACUGUCACCAUACUUCUUAUCUUGGCUGCUAUCAUCAGGCAAGAUCUAGCUGAAUUUCCAAAUGGAAAAGGAAUCGAUAAAAGCCAAUGA